CGCGUUAGAGGAGGUCAGCCACUCCGACACAGCUUCCGAUGACACCACUGGUUGCUAACUUUCAAACUGCGGCGGUACAUCGCCCAUAAUCCAUGCUACAUGGAGGUAUAGUUUUGAUGUUCAAGCAUGCUAACCAAGCUAGAUGCUUACCAAUGAUGCUGCUCAGCCUUCAAAAAGAGUCUCAAGAUUGGCCGUAGCACUUCAAACCCCACGUCUUAACACACCAUGACGCAGACACUUGUCCUGUAUGACAUCCUCUCCAACCUACCAGGCAAUAACUGGUCACCCAACCCCGCAAAGCCGAGGUACAUUUUGAACUACAAGGGUCUUCCAUUCGUGACAGUCUGGGUCGAAUACUCAGACAUCUCGAUCGCUAUGAAGGCUAUCGGUGCAAAGCCAAACAAACGUUCAGACGGCACGGAUGUUUACACCGUCCCCGUCCUCAGCGACCCUAACACCGGUGCCCUCAUCAGUGACUCCCUCGAAAUCGCCUCCUACCUCGAAAAGACAUAUCCCGAGAAGGCCAUUUUUCCCGACAACUCAGAAUCCUUGAUACGCGAGUUCGACUCUGCCCAUUUCAGAUUCAUUGUACCUGGUGUAAAGCCUAUCUUCGCACGCUCCACAGAAAUAAUGAGUCCCGCCAGUGCGAAGUUCUUCAUCAAAGUUCGUUCGAUAGACGUGCCGCUGCCUUGGGAUGCGACCUACAGUGAAGACUGGGCCCUACUAGAGAGGGGGUACAAUACUGCUUACGAAUGGUACCAGAAGACAGACGGGAAGUGGUUCAUGGGCGACACUUUUUCGUAUGCAGACAUCAUCGUGGCUUCUUGUCUGUUGUGGUUCAAACGAGUUUUGAAGGAGGAUGAGUGGGUCAGGAUCAGUUCUUGGAAUGGGGGGAAAUGGGGCCAACUUCUGGUGGAUGUUGAGAAGGAGUGCAAAUUGGCGUAGAGGAUUGCACAUACUAUCACAUUCAUUUCGGAGACAUUUCAAACAAUGAUAAGUUCCUUCCACAGGUCAACCCAGGCCAGCAUCAUAGUCACAAAGUGUGCACGCUAAGCUUAGGUCGUGUGGACCCCCUGAGCCAGGAUUUGGCACGAAAAGUGGCAGGGAACAGCACUCAUCAACAAAACCCCCAAAAAUCAACGUAUUGCGAAUGUCGCAAGUCAUACAUUACUUUCCAAUUUUAGGGGUCUUCCGUCUUCGUCGUGUCAGAUCCUUUGCAGAAUCAAAUACACCUACAUAAUCUACAAUAUUUGAUGGGUUUCGUCAUUAGCGGAGAUGUCUGGUUC